CCGGUUUCUUGCGUCCGGAAAGUCGUAGACUCUUGCCGGCAGCACCUCCAAGACAGCAGCUCAGAGACCACGAAGAGGGGACGGCCGCUGCCGCCGCCGCCGCCACCACCGCCAGCCACCACGGAGGAAAAGCAAGGGAAGGAUGUGGGUUUUUGGUUACGGGUCUCUCAUCUGGAAGGUGGACUUCCCCUAUCAGGACAAGCUGGUUGGCUAUAUCUCAGGCUACAGCAGGCGCUUCUGGCAGGGCAGCACCGACCACCGCGGAGUUCCUGGCAAGCCUGGAAGAGUUGUGACUCUUGUUGAAGACCCUGCGGGUUCUGUAUGGGGUGUUGCUUACAAACUGCCAGUAGGAAAGGAAGAAGAAGUAAAAGCAUACCUUGAUUUCAGAGAGAAAGGAGGCUACAGGACCACAACAGUCAUUUUUUAUCCAAAAGAUUCCACAACAGAACCAUUCAGUGUGUUGCUAUAUAUUGGAACAUGUGAUAAUCCUAAUUAUCUUGGUCCUGCACCUCUGGAAGACAUCGCUGAACAAAUUUUUAAUGCAGCUGGUCCAAGUGGAAAAAAUACAGAAUAUCUUUUUGAACUUGCAAAUUCUAUGAGAAGCCUUGUGCCAGAAGAUGCAGAUGAGCAUCUUUUCUCUUUAGAAAAAUUAGUAAAGGAACGUUUAGAAGGAAAGCAGAACUUCAAUUGCAUAAAAAGACCUAAUUGAUUUUUCCAAACAAGCAGAACUUUUAAUCUUCAGAGAAUGGCUUCAUUACACAAUGGCAAUAUGAUUUGUAAACAUGUUUACUUGAUAAUCUUAGUUGUGUUUAAUGUUGUAGUCAAGAUAAUAUCUAAAUUCAUAGUUUAAUUGCAGUUGGCCUGAAACUCAUACAUACUCAAAAUAUUGGGAUAUAGUUAAAGAAAAAAUUCAUUUCAAUAAUAUAAUGAAUGAUUCUCCAGCUAUAUGAUAUUGAAUACUUGCUCAUGAGAAGUUCUUUAGAAAAAUACAAUGAAGGACUCAGUUCAGAUCUUGUUUUUAUCUAAAUAAAUACAAUUCUGUUGUUUCAUAUUGCAAUACUAUUUUAAAGUUGUGGAGAAUUAGACCAAAAGUCCAGUAAUUAUAAUAAGACUAUGCCUUUAAUAUAUUCCCAUAUGUUACUCUGUAAUCAUGGUUUAAAAUAAAUAAGCUUAAAAUAACGUAUAAUUAGAUAUGUAUGGUAAUAUAGACAAGAUUUUGGCCUUGAUCGUGAACUUCUUUGUUUAGAUUUUAAAUGAAACUCCAAUUUAAGCCAAAAAGUUAGCAUUCUAAUAUAAAAAUUUCCUUGGAAUUAUAAUGUACUGUAUCUCUCCUUUUUUGAAUAAAUGUAUUUGACUACACAGUAAAAACCCUUUCAGCUAGAAAAGCACAAAUUAUACAAAUUAUGUCUAACAAUUUAUCAUUCAAUUUGUAUUAAUCUUAUACUGAAACUUUAAAAAAAAAGAUAGGCUUUUUGAUAUUACAAAUUAACAGAAACAUAUAUAAUGAAAGUUUGCUGUUUGAAAUGGCAUUUAGAAUUGUAAUUUUUUAAAGUAAGAAGUGGUGUUACCUGAUCAUUUGCUACAGUUUUUUUUUUUCCUUCUUACAUCUUGUCACUUAACAAAGGUAUCCACUAAAUAGUGUGAUGAUGCUACCCACCUAGGAACCAUGUAUAAUUAACACAUGCAAAAGUAAUCUUGAUUCAGACUAAUCAGAUCAGUUCUUAUUAGAAGUGAUUUCCUUCUCAACAGGACAUGCAGUCUCUCUAAAAUCUUUCAACAUGAGAAGAAUUUCAGUAUCACAUUAGAUUUAAUGUGAAACUAAUAAUUAGUACCAAAGUUGUUCAUGUAAAAUAAAGCUGCCCUUUUCAUGUUUUUUUUUUUUAAUUUGUUAUAAAUACCUUACUUGGUAAUUUAGUCAGCUAUAUAAAAUUUAAAAUAUUUUCCAACAUUUUCAGUAUUAGCUUUCUAGAAGGCAUUUCUCUUGUCCUAUACAACAAGAAAAGCACUAACAUUCAUUAAUGAAUAUUUCAUAAGGAUGUACUAGGCACUUUACACACAGGAGCAUCCUCUCAGCUUGUUUUCACAGUAACUUGUAUACAAGUACACAUCCAGUAAGAAGCAGAAGUCCGUGUCUCUGUUAAAGCGCAAGAGUCUACAAUAUAUUUAAAAAUCCACAUCUUUACUAACCUACAUCUUUUUUGUGUGUGUAAUGAAAUAAUAUGUGGCUUGUUAGAUAGAGAUAUUAAUUUUGAUAGAUGUAUACAGAUUCCCACAAAUAUUAGCCUGUCCAAGAGUCACAUGCCAUACAUAGCUCAGAAUCACACAGAUGUAUUCAGAGAUUCAGCCUUUCAUUCUACAAAUAAACCUAAGUCCAAAGAAA